CACGUUGCUCGUGUUUCGACAGGACAGCCGAAAAAAAAACACGAGUGGUGAUGUUGCGUUCUUUUCUAUCUUUCGGGAAUCGGGUUUCUUUUGCUUUUUCUUCGAACAUGCACGGUGCUCGGAUGAGUUUUCUUCGGCCUUUCCUCUCCCCCUUCACGCUUAUGAUCUCCUCUGUGAACGCGGUACAUUCCAUGCUUCUCCUUCCUCUGGGCUCAAUAUUCUUUCCGCAUAUGUUUAUCUUUUUAUUCGAGUUGCUUGUCUACGAACAUUCACAUACGACGUGAUACCAUACCAUACAGUACGACUCACCACCGCAGAUAAAGACGGACUUGUUCACUCCAUAGAGUUGUUCACUAGCUUACGAUUCUGUAUGUGGUACUUACUCUUCGAUACACGCACAAUGGCACUGCAGUUGU